AUGGCAGCCGCGACCAUCUCUGUGGAGCAGGACCAGUUCUGCUGCCCGGUGUGCCUGGAGGUUCUGCGGGACCCGGUGACCAUCCCCUGCGGACACAGCUACUGCCUGCAGUGCAUCGAGGACUACUGGAACCGGCCCAAGCAGAAGGGCCAGUACACCUGCCCUCAGUGCCGGCAGGUGUUCAACCCCAGACCCCUGCUGAGCAGGAACACGGUUCUGGGCGAAGUGGUGGAGAAGUUCCAGCGCAGCGGAGCUCAGGCUGCGGCCGGAGCGGAGGAGGGCAGGUGCAGCGUGUGCACCGGCAGGAGGAGCAGAGCCGUCAAGUCCUGCCUGGUCUGCUCCGAGUCCUACUGCUCGGCCCACCUCAGGACCCACGAAGAGCGCUUCCACGCGAAGGCCCACAAGCUGAUCCCGGCCUCGGAGCAUCUGUGUCCGCUGCACGACAAGCUGCUGCGGCUGUACUGCCACAGCGACCAGCAGAGCGUCUGCUCCCAGUGCGUGAGAGAGAAGCACCGGGGCCACGACACCGGGUCGGCGCUGGACGGGAGGGCGGCCCAGCAGAAAAAACUCCAAGAAGCCUCUUUGAAGUCUGCGCAGAGACUGAAGGACGCGGAGAAGGAGCUGAGAUACGUCAUCAGAUACAUCAAGCACUCCACCGAGGCGGCAGUGGAGGAGAGCGAGAGGAUCUUCUCCAGGCUGAUCCGGUCCAUCGAGAAGCAGAGCAGCGAGGUGAAGGAGGUGAUCAAAGUCCAGCAGAGGGCGGCUGUCAGUCAGGCUGAGGAGGUGCUGGAGAAGGUUCAGAGGGAGCUGGUGGAGCUCAGGAGGACCGAGGCUGAGCUGGAGAAGCUCUCCCACACCGAUGACCACGUCCACUUCCUGCAG